AUGGCAGCUGAGCUGGACGUGCUGAAUCUGAUUGUCAUUGCGGGAGGAACGCUGGCGAUUCCCAUCCUGGCCUUUUUUGCGUCCUUCCUCCUCUGGCCCUCAGCACUCAUUAAAGUGUAUUACUGGUACUGGAGGAGGACUCUGGGCUUGCAGCUGCGCUACGCAGACUGCGGUGGUUAUCGUUUCUGUUACGCCUACAGAGGAAAGCCCGGGAUGAGACCCUCCAUUUUAAUGCUACACGGCUUCUCUGCUCACAAAGACACGUGGCUCACUGUGGUCAAGUAUCUACCAAAACAUCUGCAUAUUGUGUGUGUGGACAUGCCUGGUCAUGAGGGAACGACACGCACCAACGCAGAGGAUUACUCCAUCGAGGGGCAGGUCAGAAGGAUCCAUCAGUUUGUGGAAACCAUUCGCUUAAACAAGAAACCUUUCCAUGUGGUUGGGACCUCCAUGGGGGGAAAUGUAGCCGGGGUUUAUGCAGCCUGCUACCCAUCAGAGAUCUGUAGUAUGACUCUCAUUUGUCCAGAUGGGAUAAGACACCCAUGUGAGACCAAAUUUGACAAUCAUCUGCAGGACCUGGAACACAGCAAUUACACUUUAAACAUCCCGCUGAUCCCCACUACACCCGAGGAGAUGGAGAACAUGUUCAGACUUUGCUCUCAUGUUCGCUUUAAAAUCCCUCAGCAGAUUCUCCAAGGGUUGGUUGAUGUUCGAGAGCCUCACAAUUCAUUUUACGAAGAAGUAUUUAUGGAGAUUGUCGGAGAGAAAUCAAGAUAUGCCUUACAGGAGCACUUACAUCUGAUCACUGCACCUUUACAAGUGAUAUGGGGCAAACAAGACCAGGUGGUGGAUGUCUCUGGAGCUACAGUCAUUAAAGAGGCGUUACCUGGGUGCAGAGUAGACCUGCUGGAUAACUGUGGACACGCUGUGGUUAUGGAGAGGCCUUGUCGGACAGCCAAACUCAUCCUGGAGUUCAUCAUCUUGCAGCAAGAUGCCAGGGGUGGCACAAAGAAAUCCUCCUGAACUAAAGACUUUGAUCUUUUCUUAUCACUGCAGUGCUUCACGUGUUCC